UUCAGUUUCUGAGCAGCCAUUGAAGGGGAAGGAACUGCGGGUGUGUGUGUGUAUGUGUGUGUGUGUGUGUGUGCGUGCGUGUGUGUGUGCGUGCGCGAGUGUGUGGACAAGGAGGUGGGGGCAGCCGAGUUAGAGUUCCAACUCCUUGGACUCCAUUUGCUAUUCUAUUUCUUCCCCACACCUAUCUGUUGGUGGUGGGCUUUCUAUUUGCGUUUCUUUUCAUUCAUUUCCACAGCUUUUUAAAUUUUAGGGUUGGGGGUAGUGGGGAAACACAGGAAAAGGGAAGGGAGGAGAGUAGUGGCAGAAGAGGAGGAGGAGGACAUGGAGAUGAAGAAGAGGAUUAACCUGGAGUUAAGGAACAGAGCUCCGGAAGAGGUAACAGAGUUAGUCCUCGAUAAUUGCCACUGUGUCAAUGGGGAAAUUGAGGGUCUGAAUGAUACUUUUAAAGAAUUAGAGUUUCUGAGUAUGGCUAAUGUGGAACUAAGUUCACUGGCCCGGCUUCCCAGCUUAAAUAAACUGCGAAAGUUGGAACUUAGUGACAAUAUAAUCUCUGGAGGCUUGGAAGUCCUGGCAGAGAAAUGUCCAAAUCUAACCUACCUCAAUCUGAGUGGAAACAAAAUCAAAGAUCUCAGCACAGUAGAAGCUCUGCAAAAUCUUAAAAAUUUGAAAAGUCUCGACUUGUUUAACUGUGAGAUCACAAAUCUGGAAGAUUAUAGAGAAAGUAUAUUUGAACUACUGCAGCAAAUCACAUACUUAGAUGGAUUUGAUCAGGAGGAUAAUGAAGCACCAGACUCUGAAGAGGAGGAUGAUGAGGAUGGAGAUGAAGAUGAUGAAGAUGAAGAGGAAGAUGAAGCUGGUCCACCUGAAGGAUAUGAAGAAGAGGAGGAGGAAGAUGAGGAGGAGGAAGAUGAGGAUGAAGAUGAAGCUGGCUCAGAAUUGGGAGAGGGAGAAGAAGUGGGCCUCUCAUACUUAAUGAAAGAAGAAAUUCAGGAUGAAGAAGAUGAUGAUGACUAUGUUGAAGAAGGAGAAGAGGAGGAGGAAGAGGAAGAAGGUCUUCGAGGGGAGAAGAGGAAACGAGAUGCUGAAGAUGAUGGAGAGGAAGAUGACUAGAUCAUUUUAAGACUAGGUUCCCUAAUGUUCCUGGAUUUGCAGUAGAGCGAUCACGUCUUCUUUCUUUCUUCAUGUACGAUAGCUAUCCCUGAAGAUAACAUGUAACUUUUUAUAGGAAAAGUGUGGUUUUACUAUUUUUGCCUUUUUAUCAUUCCAAAUAAGAUUUAUUAGUCUGUUUAUGAACAUGUUGUAUGUAGAGAAAAAUUUUCAUUGACCCCCAUUGUGAAAUUCCCUAGCAAUUAUUUGGAAUCUUAAUUUUUCUAAUUCAAGUUCACUGUAUUAGCCAUUUUUAGCCCAUAAUUAAAACAUGAUAGGUUUUACACAGGUUUAGUAUGGUGCAUUUCAUUCAUAAGGUUUUAAAGUUAUUUAUAAACUAAUUGAAAUCACAGUAGGCUAUAAUAUGGAAUGGCAAUAGUCUCUUGAAUGAUAAGUUGGUUUUUUUUCAGAGGUGACCCAGAAACCUUUAGUUCAAAGACAAUGAUUUUUUUUUUUUUUGGCUAAGAAUAUUUGGGUACUUUUUGUCACAUGUGUAACUUGGAAAGUAGAAGCAGAAUUGUAAAGGUUCUAUUCAGCAAUACAGUUCAUGGAUUUUGUGGAGGCUUCUGAAACCUCUGUUAAGCCUGGUGACUGAUAAGAUUUUAUUUUUGAAGGAAAAAUUGCCUAUACUAAGUUCAGAGAUAUGUAGGUGAACCUUUUUUUCUUCAAGCUGCAAAUCAUGACAUGCCAGGGUUUUAUUUUGUUUUGUUUUGUUUUCAGGUGUGCAUUCCUCUUCCUCUCAGCAAUUCCUUUAUGAUCACCUACCUUUCUUGUUUCACUUCCCUCCAUCUCAAAAAAAAAAAAAAAAAGGUUGGAAACCUUGUGGAUACCAGGAAAACCUUCAGUCGUAUAUCAGAACCACUUU